AUGUCGUCGCUUCGCCAUCGAACGGGGGGGACGCUGGAUGUCGGCAGCAAGAAGGCGAUCACCGUGCGGUACGAGGGGCGAGAACACGCGGUUUCGUGGUUUGCUGGGGCGAGCGACGAGGCCAUAACGCGAACGAUCGAGCUUGCGCUCCGGCUCCCGCGGGGCACCCCUGCCGUCGUCAGAGACCCCGAGGAUGGAAGCGCCCUCGCCGUCAGCGACUCCCUGCCGGACGGCCUAACGGUGGACGCGACUGCCGUGCCGGCAUGCAGCGGCGGCGACAACGAUCGGAGACGUGCGGAGUCGAGCGGGAACGGGUUCUACGGUCGCGGUGAGAGCGGCAACAACAAGAACAGCGAUGCGAAGCCCGCGCACGACUCGGCCGGGGGCAUCGGCGGCGGCAGCGACGGGGGGGGGGUAGGGGGCGGGGUAGGCGCGGCGCACGAGUUCCGGGGGGAGCUCCUCAAGUUCGAAAGAGUGAACGCGCACCUGGCGAACGAGCGGACGUGGCUGGCGUGGGUGCGCACGGCGCUGUCCGUGCUAGGGGUGGCGCUGUCCCUCAUCAGCCUGACCGACGACAUGGGGUCCGCGACGAUGGACUCGACGGCCAUGGCCCUCGGCGUGGCCUUCGUCGCGUGCACGCUCUUCACGUACAUGACCGGCUGGCUGCGGUACACUCGCGUCAAGGAGGUGCUCACGUGGACGGGAAGCCAGGUGAAGGGCAGGUUCGGCAGGUUCGGGCUCAAGUACUUCACCUGGUUCCUGGGAGCGUCGCUGGUGCUCACGGUCCCGGUUUACUUCAUCGCCGGGGUAAACGUCGUCGAGGACGCUAGAUAGAGCUUAGCCUGCGACUGCGCUGCGUGUUGGUUGGGAGGGAAGGGGCGUUCUCAUGUUUUGCAUGCGGUAGCGUAUAGACGCUGGGGGGGGCGGGGGCGAAUCAGGGCUCCGAGACAGACGCGUGCAGAGCACUUUUUUUUUUUCGUACACAGGACUCUGUUCAAGUUUUCGUUCUUUUUUUAGCUUAAGCUCUCUCUGCAGUGCAGUCCAGAUUAUUGCCACCUCGGCUACAGGUAUCGAUUAUUGGAUUAUUCCAUCGUUUGCG